AUGAGUCUCAUCCCGGUUGGCCCGAACACGACUUUCCCGGCAUGUCCCGUGGAUGGCACCGGACCUGUAGCGGAUCUGGACAGGCGGGUUGCCCGGCAGCAGUUGCCGGUCAUCGUUCUCCUCCUCCUCGUCUGCAUCAUCGGGACCAUCGGCAACCUUCUGGUCAUCAUCGUCAACAUCCGCCGGAGGAAGAAGUCCUCGGCAACCGUCUUCAUCCUGGCUCUGGCCGCCUUGGAUUUCUUCAUCUGUGCGGUAACGAUCCCCAUGAGGGUCUUCGCGUACUUCCGUUACACCUUCAGCGCGCCUGGCUGGUGCGAGAUGGUCCCGUACCUGACCGAAGUCAGUCUGGUCAGCUCGCUCCUGCUACUCGUCGCCAUCGCGGAAGAUCGGCUCCGUGCCGUUCGCCGGCCCACGGAUUUCUUCAUGGCUGGAAUUAAGUCUGUGUGGCCUAACUAUAAACAUGUAUUCUCACACAGGAACAAGCGGGCGGUGCGGGUGAGCGUGGCCGUGCUGAUCUGCGGUUUACUCAUGUCAGCGCCGUACCUCCUGACGGCGCACGAGGGGACCUUCGUGCUGAGGGGGCUCAACUGCACUAUCACGACUUGCGUCGGCGUCAGUCACACCUGGUCCCUCGUCUCGUUCGUCCUCGUUGCCAUCCCCUUCUUCUCUACAGGCUUCAUCAUCGUAGUUAUCUACGCCAUGGUCUACAAGCACGUGUACGAUUCACGUGCCGCUGCCAUGGCGAUGGGACAAGUGCACGGGCCUCUGCAGUUGGGGGGUAGACUACAGCCACAGAACACGGAGAGUCUAGGGCAGGAGACCGGCGGUGGCUCUGGUGCGUUCUCGGAGCCGGUGACUGCUAGGUCUGCCCAACGCGUCGUCCUGCAACAGCAGAAUACGGAAAAUCCGCGGCAGGAGACCGGUGGUGGCUCUGGAGCGUUCUCGGAGCCGGUGACUGCUAGGCCUGCCCAACGCGUCAUCCUGCAACAGCAGAAUACGGAAAAUCCGCGGCAGGAGACCGGUGGUGGCUCUGGUGGGUACCCGGGAUCGGUUACUCCUCGACCCGCCCAACGUGUGGUCCUUCUGCACCACUUCAGGCUUGCCAAGAUGCUGCUUCUGGUCACAGCCGUGUUCCUCGUCACCUGGUUGCCACAAGUCGUCAUCCUCAGCGUCCACGUCAUGGCGGCGUCCACGUCAAAGACUCACCAUAGACCGAUGACGUACGUCGAGAUGGUCGUUGCGGACUUCUUUCAGCACCUGUACUACCUGAACAGCGCGCUGAAUCCCAUCAUUUACACCAUAGCUUACAAGAGUUUCCGACAAAGGCUGCUGACGUUGUUUGGACGAAUGACUUGGAAGGGCAAUGGUUGUAGGGUCAAUGAAGAUGACUUUGUUGGGGUAGUGUAGUUGGUCUAACUAUGUUUCUUAGCGAGUUACAAGAGCAAAUGAUUUAAAGGGAGAAAAAGUUGACCUUUGCUUCUUUAGAAAAAAAGUUAGGAGGCUCGUUUUUUAAUUAAUGUAUUAUUGCAUAGUUUGAAUGGGUUUAGAAAUUAAAAAGAAAAAAACAAGGACAUAUUGUACAGGUCAAUUGAUGCGCUAUGGACCAAAACAAUAACAUACAACAACAACAACAAAAAAACAGCAACAGGGCUAGCCCUUUGUAAUAGUCACAGUCUAGCUUGUCAAAACUGGAGUGCUGAACAGCCGAACUAAUAAAAACAACAACAACAAAAACACGUUACGG